AUGCUAGUGCCUCAUCCACCAAUGCUUCUUGCACCUCAAAAUACCAAAGAAAAUGACAUGAAAGAACAGAAACUGAGUAUUGAUGCAUCUUUAUCUAACAUACCCUCCCAGUUCAUAUGGCCUGACCAUGAGAAGCCAUGCCUAACACCACCAAAACUCCAAGUUCCACUAAUUGACUUGAAGGGCUUUCUCUCUGGAGAUCCACAAGCCAUGUCAACUGCAUGUUCAGAAGUGAAUGAAGCAUGCAAGAAGCAUGGCUUCUUUCUUGUUGUUAACCAUGGAGUUGAUAGUGACCUCAUAGCUCAAGCUCAUAAGCUCAUAGAUGAUUUCUUCUGCAUGCCUUUAUCAGAGAAGCAGAAGGCUCAAAGAAAGCUUGGAGAACAUUAUGGUUAUGCUAAUAGCUUCAUAGGAAGGUUCUCAUCCAAACUUCCUUGGAAGGAAACACUUUCUUUUGGUUACUCUACAGAUAAGUCCAGCAAAACUGUGGAGGAGUACUUUGUAAAUGUUAUGGGUGAGGAUUUCAGGCAAUUUGGGACUGUGUACCAAGACUACUGUGAAGCCAUGAGCAAUCUCUCCCUUGGGAUCAUGGAGCUUCUGGGGAUGAGCCUAGGAGUUGGCAACAGAUAUUUCAGAGAUUUCUAUGAAGGAAAUGACUCUGUAAUGAGACUAAAUUACUACCCACCAUGCCAAAAACCUGAUUUAACUUUAGGAACUGGUCCUCAUUGUGACCCCACAUCCCUCACCAUUCUCCACCAAGAUCAAGUUGAGGGUCUCCAAGUGUUUGUGGAUGAAAAAUGGUACUCAGUUACUCCUAAAGAAGAUGCAUUCGUUGUCAACAUUGGUGACACAUUUAUGGCUCUAUCAAAUGGGAUUUUCAAGAGCUGCAUGCAUAGAGCAGUUGUAAAUAGCAAAAUUGUGAGAAAAUCACUUGCUUUUUUUCUAUGUCCAAACAUGGAAAAAGUGGUCACUCCUCCAAAAGAUCUCGUUAACAAGGAGAAUCCAAGAAAAUAUCCAGAUUUCACAUGGCCAAGUCUUCUUGAAUUUACACAGAAGCAUUACAGGGCUGACACAAGAACCCUUGAUGCUUUCUCUAUGUGGCUACUACAAGAGAAAAACAACUAA